GAGAAGUGGACGCCGGAAGUGAAGCACUUCUGUCCGAACGUACCGAUCGUAUUGGUGGGCAAUAAGAAGGACCUGAGGAAUGACAACAACACGAUCAGGGAGUUGGCGAAGAUGAAGCAGGAGCCGGUGCGCAGUGAGCAGGGUCGCCUUAUGGCCGAGAAGAUCAACGCCUUCGGAUACCUGGAGUGCUCGGCCAAGACCAAGGAGGGCGUCCGUGAGGUGUUCGAGAUGGCCACCAGAGCCGCCCUCCAGGUCAAGAAGAAGAAGAAGAAGCCCUGUCUUAUCGUUUAG